AUGAAGAAAGAAAAGAUAAAGAACGAAGUCGUUGAUCUAACGAAAGAUGCUAUCGACAAUGAUAUUAAGAGCUACUUGUCUUUGGGACCAGGUUUUUGUGAAGCUUCCACAGGAGUUUCGUAUGAAAAUAUUAUAGCAGAAACAGAGAAAAUGUGUACAAAAAUAAAGAGAGAAGGCGAGAUUAACAAAACUGAAGAAGAAAUAGUUGAACAUGAAAUUGGCGAGAUACGUGAAAAUGUAAAAGUUAUUUUGGAGAAAGCUAUGCACAAGAAAUAUAAAACGAAUUUCACGAAAGAAGAGUUAAACGGAAAAAAGAAAGCUCUACCAGAUAAAAGAAACGUAUUCGUACCGGCAGAUAGAGGAUGUGUACAGAAAUAA